UGGGACGGAGGGUGGAUCCAUACAGGACCGAAGCGAUGGUCACAGCCAGUUAGUCAGAAAAGUGGAAGUCUACACUGAAGCAAAAUCGGAGAAGCAGUAGGCGCAUCUGAUUUUCAAAAUAGCACUAAUUAACCCAAAAGUCUGAACAGCAGACGACGCACUAGAUUGACAUUACCUCGAUUUUUAUCUUGCAAGAUUUGCAGUUGACAUAUUUUCGAAACUGGUCUCCACAUAGCUACAGUAUAUGAUGAGAACUACCGAGACACCGCAGACGUGCAGUAUAAAAGUAUUUAUUUAUUGCAGUUUGCAUUUUUUCAAUACUGCAGUAAUGCAAGCGAUUCAUUUUAAAAAAGCAGAUCACGUUCUUUAAAAUAGCUUUUGUCCUCUUUCUAGCAGCGAAAAUGCUAUUUUUGACGUUUUUCUUUUUAUGAGGAACAUUCAUCGGAGGACUUCUAUUGAAGCGGAAAACACAUUGCAUUGAACAUUUUUUCAUCUAAAUCCUGAUGUGCUACUGAAACCGUCUAGUCUCGGAAUACUGCAUUUUGGAAGCAAUUCUUAGUGCCAUAUGAAUCUAUAGAUGACUGCGAAUCCAGCAAACAGGUGUCAAGUCAGUCGUGGGUCCUAUUGUAAUCCACGGAGGCCUGUGGUCUGUGGAAGUGUUGCCUGGCGCGCUCUGUUUGGGACUGGUUGGAAGGCAGAAUUAUAAAACUGGUCCCCAGGGAUUACUAGAAUGAUGGUUCCAAGUCCACAGCUGAAGCAUGACAUGGUACUGGUGUGGCACUACUGUUGUUAGGUGGCUUUCUCUCAUGGUUCUGUCUGAGUGGACAGUCUUGAGCCUGCACUGCUGGGUUUUAGCUGUCAGCACCACAUCAGGUCAGCAUGAGACCUCUGGGCCCAUGGACUGGCUCCUGUCUGACAAGGGGCCUUUUUACCGCUCACAAGAGUAUGCUGAGUUCAUAGAGCGGCACCAACAAGGCUUCACCACCAGAUACAAGAUAUACAGGGAGUUUGGUCGAUGGAAGGUCAACAGCCUGGCUGUCGAGAGGAGAGAUUUCCUCGGCUCCCCCCUGCCUCUCUCCCCUGAAUUCAUCACCAGCUUACGGGUCUUGGGGCGCAGACCGAGUCUACAGAAAAUAACAGAGAACAUCAUCAAGAAGUAUGGGACCCACUUGCUACUGGCAGCCACACUAGGAGGAGAAGAAUCACUGACCAUUUUUGUGAACAAGAAGGAACUGAGUAAGAAAAGAAAUGUGAAAGAAGCCAUCAGCAACAGUUCAGCAGCAACUCUGGAGACCCUGCAUCAGCUGGCAGCCUCUUAUUUUAUUGACAGGGAGAGUACACUAAGAAGACUGCACCAUCUCCAGAUAGCAACCUCUGCCAUCAAGGUAACAGAAACCAGAACCGGCCCUCUGGGAUGCAGUAACUACGACAACCUGGACUCUGUCAGUUCUGUUUUGGUUCAAAGUUCUGAAAACAAAAUCCAUUUACAAGGUCUGCAGGUUAUCCUACCAAAUUACUUGCAUGAGCGCUUUGUCAGAGCAGCCUUGGGAUACAUCACCUGCAACUCAAAGGGAGAUUUUAUCUGUAAGGACAAUGACUGCUGGUGCCAGUGUACCUCCAGCUUCCCAGAAUGCAACUGCCCGUCCAUAGAUAUCCAGGCCAUAGAAGAGAAGCUGCUUCAUGUCAUUAAGGCAUGGACCAACUACAAUCUGGAGUUUCAGGAUUCAGAUGAGUUUAAGUCCUUUGUGAAGACUCUUCCACUCGACCAUCUAUUGAACACAUCCACCAUAUUCCACCUGUGGUCCAAGGACUCCAGUCUGCAGCGCCUGUACGAGCAGCUAGAGGGCAGCAUGAAGCAGCUCCACGACAAGGCCCAGAAGAUGAUCCAGAAACUGUUUAACCUCAGCAAACGCUGUGAGAAGCAGCCUCAGUACAGGCUGCCCCGUGAAAGACCUAUAGCUUACUGGUUGAAGCAGAUUCAGUCCCUUCUGUACUGCAGUGAAAACAACCUAUCAGGCACUUUCAAUGAGGAAAUCCAUAGCUGCACCUGCCCAAUGGAGCUGGACACCUGCCAGCGGGCACUCCCAUGCCAGGUAGGGGACAGCACCAACUGUCUGACCUGUGCCCAGAACAGUCCUGUCCACUGCAGUAGCUGCAAUGCAGGUUACGUGCUGAGUCAGGGCACCUGCCGCCCAUUGGUGGCCGACUCCCUGGAGCACUACCUGGGCCUGGAAACUGACUUCCAGGACCUGGAGUUGAAGUACCUUCUGCAGAAGCGUGACAGCCGCAUUGAGAUGCACGCCAUCUUCAUCAGCAAUGACAUGCGCCUCAACAGCUGGUUUGACCCUUCCUGGCGCAAGCGCAUGCUCCUCACCCUCAAGAGCAACAAGUACAGGUCCAACCUGAUCCACAUGCUGCUGGGGCUGACAGUGCAGAUCUGCCUGACCAGGAACAGCACCCUGGAGCCUGUCCUCUCCAUCUACAUUAACCCGUUUGGGGGCAGCCACUCGGAGAGCUGGCUCUUGCCCGUUCAUGAGAACAAUUUCCCAGAUUGGGAAAGGACUACACUUGAUGGGGUCCCACAAUGCACCAACUGGACCUUGACAUUGGGCAACAAGCAGAAGAGCUUCUUUGAAACGAUCCACAUCUACCUUAGGAGCCGGAUCAAGGCCACUGACUCUCAAGAUAACGAGACCACAUACUAUGAGCCUCUGGAACUUGUCGAUCCCUCUAGGAACCUAGGAUACAUGAAGGUCAAUUGUGUCCAAGCCUAUGGCUACAGCACACACUUUGACCCUGAGGCAAUCCAGGACCUGAUCCUGCAGCUGGACUACCCCUACACACAGGGCUCCCAGCACUCAGCUCUUCUCCAGCUGGUGGAGAUCCGAGACCGCGUGAACAUGCUCUCCCCGCCUGGCAAGCAGCACCUAGAUCUCUUCUCCUGCCUGCUGCGGCACCGACUCAAGCUGUCAGCCAACGAGGUGGUGAGGAUCCGAGACUCCCUGCAGGCAUUCACUGCCAGACUUCCCCAUAAUGUGGAGUAUGAGACAGACAAACUGUGCAGUUAGCUAACUCCGCUUUUAAAAACAUGUUCAGUGUGUGUCUGUAUAGAACUCAGAGUGGGAGAUGAAUAAUAGGACAUGGCAAACUUUGCUUUUUGAAUGUGAGUCAAAAUAUUGUACAAUUUGAAACUGGCCUUAUUUCAUUUUUAAAGGGAUUUGGUGUUGCUAAUGUUCUUCUGUACAUUUCUAGUAAAACAGUACUUAAUGACGUUUGACAUUUUAGGGUUGUCUGUGUAAAAAACAUAAGUGCUGAGAAAAGGGGAAAUGAGUAUUUGAUUGUGUACUAUAGAGGGCUGGAGAAAGGUUGCAUUACAUUUAAAAAACACUGUAAUACCACAAAGUUAGGAUGCCUCUCACAAAGUAUGUCAAAUAGUUUAUAACAGCAUUGCCAUGUAAUCUUCAUACUCUUCUGCUUAGCAAAUAUCUGUCAUUUCAACAAACUGCAUUCAGAACAACCAGUUCUUGGAAUAUGUUUGGUGCUGUGUCCUCAUAUUUUAGUGCUUUGGUGUUCUGACUCCUUAAAUCUGAAUUAAAGUUCAUGCUAGCUCUGCUUAUAAUGAUCAAGAAUUAUAUAUUGGUGGCAUUACAAUUAUUCUCUUACUUUUUUUUGUCAUGUUUGCAAUUGCUUUGGGUGAUAUUUUUUUUUUUUUUUUUUUAACCCCAAACUAUCUAUCAGUUUCAGUUUUUGAUUCCCCUGGCUGAAAGCUGGAGUGAGGUCUCCUCUGUGGAAUGUGGAGGCAUGCUUCCUCAGUCUCCGUGGAAAGCAGUGAUCCUCAAAGUUCAAAGAGCUAAGAACUGGUGGGGUUUAGAACAAACGUGGUGAAUCAUCAGAAAUAGUGGGGAAAAUAAAAAAUAAAAUUAUGCUUUAUUGUUUGUUUGUUUCUUAGUGUUAACUUGUUAAUGCGACAAAAAGCGUUAGAGUAAACCAAAUGUCACUUUGUGCUAUUUGAACAGAUUCAGAGUUGUAUGUUGUUGGGGUUAGACACACUCUUUUUUUCUAUGUCAGUUUUUAUGGUUAUUGCAAGUUAAAACUGAUGGACCACCCAGAAAAGAAAAAUAAAUAAAUAAAAAAGUAACUGUCUCAAAUA